AUGUUUAGGGUCCUGAACAAGCGACCAUUCAAACAAAUGGGUGCCCGCAACCAUCCUGCUCAAAACUAUUUCUGUCGGGUAAGGUAAAGGUCUUAAUAGUUGGUAAAAUAUUCUAACCUAGCAGUCUAGCGGAUCAAGAACACCAAUAAUGGGAGUAAGCUUAGUAAAAGCCACUCUGCUGGCAGUCCGGAUGGUCCAAUCAACUCCGCAGCCGCCGUUCAAUCCGGUAUAUAGUCCUUCUGCAUUCGCCACUUUGGAACAGUUUGCACAGUUGGAAAAGGUAAGCUUGGAAACAAUGGUUGGAUACAGAAAUUGCACUGAUAUCAUAUUAAUAUCAUAUUAGAAUCAAGCUGUGAUGAACUGCAAAAUCGAUUACCUUGAAUCUAGCAUGGAUAAACCAAAGGCAGGACUCAAAGACCUCCGUGAUAAAAUGGAGAGAGAUGCUAAAGACAUCAACGACACGGUCGAUAAAAAAGAUAGCAGGAUGGGAGCUAAGGUGGAUCGUUGGUGUUACGUUAUAGUGGGCGGUCUUAUUGCAUUUUCCGUGAAAGGUGGCUUUGGCCAGUUGCGGACUCCGGAGUCUAAAUUAUGCUCUGAUAGACCUGAGAUAUAG